ACUCCAGCAGGCUUAAAUAAAGAGCGCAGUGUUAAAAGUUCACGAGACAAUUAAGUACAGAAUUAGAGAGUCCCAGACAAGAAUUUGCUUCUUUAAAUUCCUCACUUGAAGACUAAAUGAUUGAGCUUGCCCAACUUCAAUGAUUGAUAAAUGAGAUCUGUAAUAAGUAAUAAAAUUCUUUUUGAUACCUUAAGUUUUCGAGAAUCAAAGAAGUGCUAGUAAAUAUUGCAGAAAAUUGUAAACAGUUUCAAAUGGUUAAAUUUAAGCUUGACAUUUGUUACGGAAAUUGCUGUUAAAUGAACCAUUAAAUAUGCAUUUAAGCUUUAUUUAAAUCUUAUAAAGAACCCAAAGAACACACUUUAGAAUUGGUAAUGCCAUGAGAAAGUUGAUUUCCUUGUUUUUCCUCAUUGUGGUUGAUCUUGAGAUCGGGGCUACGAAUAAAUGGUGCAAACCGAACCUUUGCAGAGGACAACACAUUCUCUGCAAUGACAAGGGGAAAUUCCAAUCAACUUGUCCCAGUCGAGCCACCGCCAUGGUGAAAAUGACUCCGGAUAUAAUCAAGAUAAUCGUGGACACACACAAUGAUUAUCGAAAUAAGUUUGCCGGCGGACUUCAUUCUUAUCCCAGAGCAGCCAGAAUGGCCACGCUUCGAUGGGACCCGGAAUUGGCCAAAGUCGCCGAUGCUUUGGUGCGCCAAUGUAGGACAUACGAUGAUGAUGAUUGUGUCAAAACACCGAAAUAUGAAUAUGCGGAUGCCAGCUACCAUAUGCAGAAGUACUACUGUAUGUCCACAAAGAAAAAUGUGCUGCGAAAACAACUCGCUGACUGGAUAGAUCCAACGAAUCAAGAAAAUGUGGUGAUGCUAUACCUCAACUCGGACAAAAAGGAUAUUGAGUACUCUCAGCACUUUUUCCAGGUGCUGAGGGAUCGGGCAAACCGAUUGGGCUGUGCCAUUAUAGAAUUUAUCCGACCCUCGUUGGUCCACCAACUGCUCAAGUGCGUUUACAACUGUGGCGUUACCAUCGCCACGGAUGAGUUCAAUCCCGUCUACGAGGUCACAGGGGGAAAUGCAGCUUCCAACUGCACGAAGGGUGCAAAUAAAGUCUACCAGUACCUCUGCCACAAGAACGAACCCGUCAAGAACUGUGAUGGCGGAGACUUAUUUGCCCCAACCGAUGAAGAAAAAGAUGAGGAACCCAAUUCAACUGAGUUCCCACUCCCGAAAUAUGAGCAGGAUUCAGAGUUGCCACCAAUACCAGACUACGAAUACCACUAUAAUGACGAAGGGGAAAAUUAAAUGUACUAAAAUAUCAAUGCAUUUCAAAGAAGUGUUGGUAAAUAUUGCAGAAAAUUGUAAACAGUUUCUAAAUGGGUAAAAUAUAGGCUUGAGAUUGGCUACGGACUCUGGAA